CGGCGCGGCAUUAGAAUAUGAAACGCAACAAAACCAGAUUAUAAGUUAAGAAUGUAAAAAAGUAUGAGAGAUGCCGUGCUCACCAUACGAGCAAAUUUAUGACUAGCUUGUAAGAAAUUCAGUCAUUUUCUACUGUAUGGAUAGGACGUCAGCCUAAGAAAGUAAGACCGAUCUUAAAAUGUGUAUGAAUUUGGUUACAUAACCUCUUCGGUAACCGCUAACUCAUUUCGACGGUCGUGCGAUCAGUGAAAUUAGUCAAUCAGCCUAUGCGUUACUUUUCAAUCUGCCGGGCGGUAUCGACGUCGUCGUUAGCGUAAAUCAAAGAACAAUCUCAUGAUGUCUGGACUAAUCAGAAAUCUUUCACUUCAAGCUAAGCACUUGGUAAAACAAGGACUGGCACAAUCCGCAGUAAACGCAAAUAUCCGUAACUUUACUGUUGGCCCCAGGCUGCUAAAUGCGUCGGGACCUCAGAUCCAGAAGCCAGCCCCAUCAUUUACUGGCACCGCAGUAAUCAAUGGAGACUUCAAGGACAUAAAACUAGAGGAUUAUCGAGGAAAAUACGUCGUCUUGUUUUUUUACCCAUUGGACUUCACAUUUGUUUGCCCAACGGAAAUAGUUGCGUUCAGCGACCGAAUGAGUGAAUUUGAAGCGCUCAAUACAGAAGUUAUCGGAGUGUCAACUGACUCCCACUUUAGUCAUUUGGCCUGGAUUAAUACUCCAAGAAAGCAGGGGGGGCUCGGCGGACUUCGUUAUCCGUUGUUGAGCGAUUUCAGCAAGCAAAUUUCAGCAAAAUAUAACGUUCUCAUCGAAGAUGCUGGGGUUGCCCUGCGAGGACUCUUCAUCAUCGACAAAGAAGGCGUAUUGCGUCAACUGAGUAUAAAUGAUUUACCUGUUGGCAGAAGUGUUGAUGAAACACUGCGUUUAAUAAAAGCAUUUCAGUUUGUUGAAAAACACGGAGAAGUUUGCCCUGCCAAUUGGCAACCGGAUUCGAAAACAAUUAAGCCUAAUCCUAAAGACAGCAAGCAGUACUUUGAAUCCGUUAAUUAAUCAACUCCGUCAUACUUACGCAGACUACAGAAACAGACUAAUAUGGCAAGAAAUACUGCGUAGUGGCUUCGGUUGUUUUUUUCUUUGUCCAUUUUUCCCCGAAGGACAGAAUUUUUCGUUGUAAGUGAUGAUCCUACGUUUCAGAUAAAUUACUGUCUGCAACAUGUAAGAAUGCAAAACUGAUGCAUUUACACACAAUAUGUUUUCUGAGACAUUGGAACUGUAAGAAACAAUAUUUAUGUAUAAAAAAUUAAAUUGAAAUGAGAAUGAUGGUAAUUGAUAUAAAAUGUAAGAGAUACCCCAUGUUUAAAAUAUUUUCAAUUUAUUUUUCUAUAUCAUUUGGUACUUUAAUGGCUGGGUAAUCGGAGCUCUGGGUUUUCUUAUACUCACUUGUGAAGUAUGAAUAAAGUACAAGCAUAGCACAGCA